AUGACUUUUGGUGUUGCUUCGACCGCCGUGCUUGAUCCAAACUGCGUCUUUCUACCCGGCACAACUGCGCAUGUUUCUAAAGCCGUCGCCCUAUUGGGAAAGAAUGAUUGCAAAUUCGCUAUCAAAGGUGCCGGACAUAGCGCCAUCCCAGGCGCCGCCAACAUUAAUGACGGUAUCAUGAUGUCUCUGGCCCGGUUGAACUCGACAGAUAUCAAUAUGGAAAAUAGCUAUGUCCGCGUUGGCGCUGGCACACAGCUCGGCAAGGUAUACGAAGCGCUGGAUCCUCACAAUGUAGCUGCCGUUAUUGGGCGAUUCUACAAAGUUGGUCUAGGGAUGGCGGUCGGCGCCGGUAUCUCGUUCCUCUCAAACCGAGAAGGGUUCACGAUUGACAACGUGGUUAACUAUGAGGUCGUCAUUGCUGGCGGCAAGGUUGUCAACGCAAAUGCAACCAGUCACCCUGACCUAUUCUGGGCGCUAAAGGGCGGGAACAACAACUUUGGCGUCGUUACCCAUUACCACCUAUCAAUCUUUGAGACUCCCGGGGUUAUUUACGGGGGCCAAAUUACGUACCCUGCGUCCUCGCUCGAUCAGCUUGCAGACGUCAUUUACGACUACCAUGUGCAUCAAGCUGUGGAUGAUGUCCUUACGCAUGCUCUUCCUCAAUAUGGUUACAAUGGAAGUAUGAAUGAAACUAUCGCUACAAUUCCGGUUGCCUAUAACGACGCGGUUGACGAGCUUCCGGAGAUUAUGCAACCAUGGGUCAAACUUCCGCAUACGAAAAGCACCCUUAAAAAGAGAACCUACGGUGAUCUUGCUACCGAACUUAAUGAGGGUUUUGCGGAUGGACUUGUCCAGGAACAGCGCGUCUUCACAGUGUACGCCGAUGCACAAUUCUAUAAAGACGUCUGGUUCAAAUAUCGCCAGUGGCUCGAGAAAUACCGAGACGUACCCGGAUUUUACGGAAACCAUGGGAACAUGCCGAUUACUCCCCGUCAGGUCCAACAGGGAGUUGCAAAGGGCGGAAACGCACUUGGAUUGGAGAAAGGUCCUCAGGAAAAAACGCUAGGAAUCAUUUACUUCGGCGUCACAUUCGACAAUCUUGAAGAUCGCGCAAAGGUUUUCCCUGCUCACAAAGAGUUCGUCGAAUCGAUGAUCGAGUUUGCCAAAAGCCGCAAUGUGCUUCACCCGUUAAUCAUGGUUACAUUCUCUGGAUACGAUCAACCAGCUAUUGCCAGCUAUGGAGCAACGAAUGUCGCCAAGUUACGUCGAAUCGCACGCAAGUAUGACCCCAAUCGUGUCUUCCAGCGCCUUGUCCCAGGAGGCCAGAAGCUGCCUUGUUGUUGGAGUUGA